UACUCUCCAGCUCCACAUCAUGAAGUCGAUGCUUGUACUAGUGGUCUUAGCCAUCGUGGCUACCCUUUGCCAGGCUGGUGGAUACGGCUACGGAGGUGGAUACGGCUACGGAGGGGGACACGGAGGUGGAUACGGCUACGGAGGGGGGCACGGAGGCUAUGGUGUUGGUGGAGUGUCUAACAACAACUUCCACCUCGCUGGUCCCAGAGGAUAUGGAUAUGGACACGGUGGCGGACAUGGCGGCUAUGGCUACGGAGGAUACGGUGGUGGUUAUGGCGGCUUUGGUGGUGGCUUCGGCGGCCAUGGUGGCGGAUACGGAUACGGCAAGUAAACGACCGGACACAACUAGCUACAUUCACUAGCGGAAAGAUAUAUUUUGACGAUUAUGUAAUUUAAGAAUCCCAACGACGUUCCUAAAGUGUACAAAGUACUAACCAUUGAUCUUCCAC